AUAUAAGCAUUAACACUGCCCUUUCGUUGCUCUCUCAAAUCAAACCAUAGCUUCUGUUACGCUUCCAUUAAUGGCUACCAAGACUUUUCUGCUGAGUUUCUUCUUCUUUUCCAUUCUACUGACCUUGAGCUUCAAUCUCUCGACGGCUCAAUUGGUGCCGGCGGUGUUCGUUUUCGGCGACUCCCUUGUGGAUGUCGGCAACAACAAUCAUCUUCCGGUUUCUAUUGCCAAAGCAAACUUCCCUCACAACGGUAUCGAUUUUCCUAACAAGAAAGCCACCGGAAGGUUUAGCAAUGGCAAGAACGCAGCAGAUUUUAUUGCUGAGAAAGUGGGCUUGCCUACUUCACCCCCAUAUCUGUCCCUGUCAUCCAAGAAUGCUUCUGCCUUCAUUACUGGCGUCAGCUUUGCCUCCGGUGGUGCUGGAAUCUUCAAUGCCAAAGAUAAAGUUCUGGGACAAUCGCUGCCCUUGACCCAGCAAGUAGGUGACUAUGAAUCGGUGUAUGGAGUGUUGGUGCAGAAGCUUGGAUCCUCCGCCGCCCAAAAGUUGCUAUCUAAAUCCCUUUUCGCUAUAGUCGUAGGUAGCAAUGACAUUUUUGGUUACUCCAACUCUUCCGAUCACAACAAAAGCACCCCUCAAGAAUAUGUGGAUCUGAUGAUUCUCACAUUUAAACAACUGAUCAAGAGAAUCUAUGCUCAUGGAGGCCGCAAAUUUUUUGUUUCUGGGGUUGGGCCAAUUGGAUGUACUCCAUCGCGAAGGGUUAAGAUCCGGUCAGAAGCUUGCAAUGAAGAGAUUAAUUCAAUAGUUGUUAUGUAUAAUCAAAGGCUAAAAUCAAUGUUGCAAGAGUUGAAUUCAGAGAUCAACGGUGUUUCUUACUCCUACUUUGACACCUACGCCGUGAUGGAAAACAUCAUUCAGAAACCAGCCACAUAUGGGUUCACAGAGGUGAAAGCUGCCUGCUGUGGAAUUGGAAAGUUGAAAGCCAAGGUGCCGUGUUUACCCAUAGCUACGUAUUGUUCAAACAGAAAAGAGCAUGUAUUCUGGGAUCUUUUUCACCCAACAGAAGCAGCUGCUCGGGUGCUUGUGGAUACUAUUUUUGAUGGUCCCUCACAGUACACAUCUCCUAUGAAUGUGAGGCAGCUGGUUACAAUUUAAGCUUUUACAAACAUGCAACAAUAUCAAUAUUUAUGGAAGACUUGCGACGAAACAAGCAGGAAAGGAUUCACAGAAAGUUAGGAUAUACGAGGAAGCUCCUUCGGCAUGCAUUGGUGUUGCAGCCAUUUAGGUCCAAGUAGUUCAUAGAAAGAAAAAGAAAAAUUCUUUGAAUAAAGAAUAUAUAUUAUGAGAUUAUAUAUAUAUUUUUUAUUAUUAAUGAUAAUUUAACAGAAUUGAGGAUAAACUAUUUAAUGAGAUUAUAUAAAAUUUAAAUAAUUAAAGUACAAUUUAUUUAAAAUAAACUAUAGAUUCAUUGUUCAUUUCAAUUGAAUAAGCGACUCAGUCCAAAUUCAAUUAGGAAAAUAUAAAUUCACAAUAUAAAGGGGGAAAAUUUUGCUACAGGGGGCAUGUCCCUGAAUCAAAUUAGAUUUGGUAUUUAAAAGAAAGAGACUUAUUUACUUUUUUCUU